AUGAGUCCACGGUCUACCCUCCGGGCGAUCGCGGCAACAGUCGCCGGCCUCGCCAACGCCUUACCACAACCUCAAGCCCCAGAAACAAUUGUCGGCCCAAGUCCUCUGGUCUGGGUGCACGUCAGCGCCACAGAACACGCCGGUAGCACCCAUUUCACGACCAUAACUCCCACCCCUACGGUGGACGCCAACGGAGCACCGACUGCUCUGUCUGCACCGCCAGACUACCUUACCGCAUCCAGCGUAUACACCAGCCUUGAGGGCGGUACCAAGCCAGUCACUUACACCGGUGUCAACCCAACCCCGACGGGCAUAUCCCAAUGGAACAUAACAGGCGACUACUUGGCAUGCGAGAAUGUGGUGCAGUCGCUCGACGACGACGACGACAAGCCCUUGUUUUGCAUACCCAAGCGGGACACCGUCUUGAGGCCUGGAAAGGGGUACUACAUCGUAUGGGACCCCUCCUACUUCGCCGAACCAGCAAAAGAAACAGUCGGCGUCCGUAUCGAAUUUCUCCAAGCCGACAAGUCGAUCAUCCACAUGGAUCUUUUAGUAAAAUCCAAUGCCGACCGGGGCUUUGCCUACUGGUAUAUUGAUGACUCCUGGUGGAGCCAAUACCAGCCCUGGACUUUCAGGGAAAGACACAAUCCCACGGGCGUCAACAUCUCCCUGAUCCUCUACAAUCUCGACGAAGUCAGGAGCGAAAAGGGACUCAUCCCCGGCCCGGUGGUUUGGGUUACCGACAAGGAGGAUUUGUUUGCAGAAGACGAGGACGACUGGCCGACCACCCCCGCCCCCGCCCCUGCCCCCGCCCCAGAUAGUGAUAUGUCGUCCACCCAAAAAACCGUCGCCAUCGCCGUCCCCAUCACCUUUGUCGGCCUCCUCCUUCUCGUAAUAAUGUAUGUCCACAGAAAACGCAAGGAGCGCAAUGGCACCCCCACCAUCCAUCCCAAUCGCAAUCGCAACUCCUCUUCUGCCUCAGGCUCGGGUCCAAUACCCAGUAAUCCUCCCUUGUUCUCCGGCGGCGGUGGUUUCCUGGGCGGGUUAUUCGGCAGGGCCAAGCGAGCGAGCGGCGGCAGAAACGGAUACGGCAUCCGCCAGAGCUAUUCGGAACGUGUCGGCACCGCGCCGGGCAACACUGCUGGGGCAACAAGAGUGGACUCGGAUCCUCCCGCGUACGAGGAAGCCAUCAAGUCAGGGUCGGGAGCGGCAGCGGCAGCGGGAGGCGGUGGUGGUGUCGAUGGCGGUGUGUUCGAGCUUACGGAUCGGUCGAGUUGGUCACCGCCCACGAGAAGGCCGACGAGUCCUCCGACUUACGAGUCCGACUAUUCUCCACCACAAGUUGGAAGAGGGAAUAGUAAUGUAUUUCGAGAGGAGUUAGGGAGGCAGCAGCAGCAGGCGAGGCAGGGUUAG